CCGCGCCCUCCCUCAGCUGCGCGCAUCUCAUACCAGCCGUCAUUCCGCGCAUUCCAGGCGCCCUCCUUUCAAACUCCAGGCCGGGGGCGGGAGCGCCGCAGCGCCCCGCUCCGCCGCCCGCGCGCGUCCCCGCAGUGCCGUCGCCGGCCUCCGGCCCUGAGCGGAGCCGCGGCUGAAGAGUUGGCGCGCGGGGCGGACUCCGCGGAACCGGCGCAGCGCACCCACCGCGCCUCCCCGCACCCUGGGACCGGUCCAACGGGCGCUCCUCCAAGCGGAGCCUUGGAGGGCAAGGCCGGCACCAUUACCUCCAACGAGUGGAGCUCUCCUAACUCCCCCGAGGGGAGCAACGUCUCUGGGGGCAGUCAGGCGUUGGACAAGCCCAUCGACAAUGAUGCAGAGGGUGUGUGGAGCCCGGACAUUGAGCAGAGCUUCCAGGAGGCCCUGGCCAUCUACCCGCCCUGCGGCCGGCGCAAGAUCAUCUUGUCAGACGAGGGCAAGAUGUAUGGUCGCAAUGAGCUGAUCGCCCGCUACAUCAAGCUCCGGACAGGGAAGACCCGCACCAGGAAGCAGGUCUCCAGCCACAUCCAGGUGCUGGCUCGUCGCAAAGCCCGCGAGAUCCAGGCCAAGCUAAAGGAUCAGGCAGCUAAGGACAAGGCCCUGCAGAGCAUGGCUACCAUGUCGUCCGCCCAGAUCAUCUCCGCCACAGCCUUCCACAGUAAAAUGGCCCUCACACGGGGUCCAGGCUACCCAGCAGUCUCAGGGUUUUGGCAAGGAGCUUUGCCGGGCCAAGCUGGAACAUCCCACGAUGUGAAGCCUUUCUCUCAACAGACCUACCCUGUCCAGCCUUCUCUGCCUCUGCCAGGGUUUGAGUCUCCUGCAGGACCUGCCCCAUCGCCCUCAGCACCCCCUGCUCCCCCGUGGCAGGGCCGCAGCGUGGCCAGCUCCAAGCUCUGGAUGUUGGAGUUCUCUGCCUUCCUGGAGCAGCAGCAAGACCCUGAUACGUACAACAAACACCUUUUCGUGCACAUCGGCCAGUCAAGCCCAAGCUACAGUGACCCCUACCUCGAAGCUGUGGACAUCCGCCAGAUCUAUGACAAGUUCCCAGAGAAAAAGGGCGGACUCAAGGAGCUCUUUGAACGGGGACCUUCCAAUGCCUUUUUUCUGGUGAAGUUCUGGGCAGACCUCAACACCAACAUCGAGGAUGAAGGCAGCUCCUUCUACGGGGUCUCCAGCCAGUACGAGAGUCCUGAGAACAUGAUAAUCACCUGUUCCACCAAGGUCUGCUCUUUUGGCAAGCAGGUGGUAGAGAAAGUGGAGACAGAGUAUGCCCGCUAUGAGAAUGGCCACUACUCAUACCGCAUCCACCGGUCCCCGCUCUGUGAGUACAUGAUCAACUUCAUCCACAAGCUGAAGCACCUGCCUGAGAAGUACAUGAUGAACAGCGUGCUGGAGAACUUCACCAUCCUGCAGGUGGUCACCAACAGAGACACGCAGGAGACCUUGCUGUGCAUUGCAUAUGUCUUUGAGGUGUCAGCAAGCGAGCACGGGGCUCAACACCAUAUCUACCGACUGGUGAAAGAAUAAGAGACUUGGGGAGCAGGGAGGGGGGAAGAGACAACAUCGUGUGUGCAGGGACAUGGGGAGGGGACCUGCAGGGGCAGCUCCUUGAAGUGCCAAGAGCUGAGAGGUCAUGACUCUUCCUACCCAGGAACAAACUGUGCCUGACCCUGCAAUACAACCCAAAAUAAACCCCAGAUACAUAUUUGCAGAGGACCGACUCUGGCUGUAUAAGCCUCGGGAGGGACUGUGGGAGAAGGGGGGCAGGCUGGAAGCAGCCCCAGGGAUGCAGCUCGGGCAGUUCUGAAGCCAUCGCCCCAAGGGACUCAGCCAGGAAGGUCACCAGAUGCUGAAGCUCAAGAUGGGAUUGUCCCUCUGCUGCCACUUGAGCCCCUGCACUCUGCUGCUGGCCGCACUGGGAGGCCUGAGGAUAGGCGUGUGGGUUCUCUGUUCCAUGAGUGCCCAUGUGUGCACUCGCAGCCACAUGUGCGUGACACCCCUGCGCUCCCUGCCACCUCUGCUGCCACGGCCCCAGGACAGUCACAGGGAGGCCUGGGCCGGCCCGGGGUUGGAUUAUUGGAAUGGUUGGGAGGGGACACAGUCAGAAGUCUUUAGAUAGUUUUCAUCUGUCUCUGGUGGACGUGGAUUCCGUGGCCGUGCUGGCUGCGUGGGGGGACUGGCCCCAGAUCAGAGGAGCCCGAGACAGGGAGGGCAGGAGUGGCAGUGCGGGAGCCAGCCUGCAGGGUCUAGGUGGUGAGGCGGGGCUCAUGCAGCAUCCUUUUUGGUGGUGAAGACCAAGAAAGUUGGUCAGAGGUCUGUGGUGGACCAGUGGUCUCUGAGACCAUCUAGUUCUGACAUUCUGAGUCUUACCUCAACUCGCUCCCAGCCAGGAUGCCUCUUGGGUGGUGACUAUCUCAGAGCUAGGCCAUCCGCUCCCUCCCCAAACAGUAGCUUCUGUGCUCCCCGGAGAUGGAGGAGGGGAGUGGAACCCACUCUGGGCCUAGGGGUUCGCUGGUUUAUUUAUUUCUCCUGCGAAUUGACACAGGCUUGGUUCCACAGUCCUGGCUUCAGGCCUGGUAUUCCUAGCUGCCUGAGCUCGGGCAAAGUUCUCCACCUGUCUUGAGCCUGUCCCUUUCCUGUCUAAAGGGGGAAGGCAGUAGCGCCCACCUUAGAAGGCCUGAGUGGUGAGGAGAGGGAAGGCCAGCAAAGUGCCUGGUGCAGAGGCACCGAACACACUUCUGAUUAGCUUGUUGCUCCCCUCCCCCAGGGAAGCCUGGGGCUGGCUCUUUGCUGCCAUCCAGUGGCUCUUUGGUAUCAUCUUCCCUGAUAGGGAACCCCAGCUCCAGGAGCCUGGAGCAGAAGGGGAACAAAGAUUCUACCUACAGGGGUUUUCUGUGUGCCCAGCGCUCAGGGAGAUGUGUGGGCAUAUGAGUGUGAGUAAGACAGCAUCUCAGAGGGCUUACCGAGUGGCUGGGAGUGUGGGCCCUGGGGUCAGACAGCUAGGAUUGGAGUCCUGGUGCAUAGCUACUCACCAGCUGUGUGACCUUGGGGCAAGUUACUUAAUUUCACUGUGCCUCAGUUUCCCCAUCUGUAAAAUGGGUAUAAUAACAGUACCUACCUCGUAUAUGUAGAGUGCCUAGCAUAGUGCCGAGCACAUAAAUGUGUUCGAUAAAUAUACAUUAUUAGUAGGAGGAGGAGCUUGCAGGCUAAGGAGUCAGAUUGGAAAAUUCUUGAGUGGGAUGGGCUGAUCCUCAGAGCGACUGGAGUUCAGAGAUGGGAGAGAGCAGGGUGUGCAAGAUUCAGGGAAGAAGUCACAAUUGAGAGGGGCUGCCCCUUAAGGAUGGGCAAUGUUUAGAUAAAAGCAGGCGGGAGGAGCAGGGCUGGCCAGCAUUCCAGGUGGGAGGAGAAGCCGGCCGGCACCCUCCCUCUGUCCUCUGCAGGCCGGCAACUCCCCGUCUUCAUUCGAAAGCAACUUCAGCAAACACGUCUGGGCCGCCACUAGGCCUCAUGCCAGAGGCAGAACUCCUGUGUGGGGGCCCGGCUCCGUCGAAAGGUGAUGUGAUGUGGCAUGGGGUCCCAGGCCCCAGCAGGUGGCAUGUGCUCUCGUUCCUUGUGUGGGUUUCUGUUCUGUGAGGCUCUGCAGCCCCCCGCCCCUGCCCACAGUCAGCGUCACAGCCCUCUGCCCUCUCCCCCCCUCCACCCUGAUUCCUGGGGCUGUUUGAAUCGGGAGCUCAUGAUGCCUGCCCUUCCAGCCUGACUAUGAACCUUCAGAGAAGUGCUCAUGGAGGACGUGUGAGCAGCCUCUUGGCUGUGGGGCAAAUGCACAUGUGGAGGAGGUGGUCUUUUGUGUCAUGGGUGGAAGCAGGCAGUGCGGAUGUUGGUGGGGCCGGGUGUUGUCUGUGAGUUUCCCUUCCGUCUGUGAACUGAUCUCAGUGGCCUAAUGGGGAGUCAUCUGCUUAGAGGUGUCACUUCCCAACCAGUCAGCCAUGGAGAACGCAGAUGUAGGCUCCUCUCCCCCAGGGUCGUGCAGACCACAAGCCUUGGGGCAAACGAGAGACCUGACCUGGUCCCUCUCCUGCAGCCUCGUCUGACACCCUCCGCACCCUCUGAGUCGCUCACCCCUCGCAGCAUGGCCUCCCUGCCUUCCGCCCUGCCACUGCAUGUUUCUGGCCAGGAGUGCCCAUCCCCUCUCCUCUUCAGGAGCCAGUGUGGAGUCACCGCUUCACGUGCAGAAGGGUUGGUCACUCCUGCCCUUCCGCUCAUCACCCGUUUCAGUCCCUGUCACUGGUCCCAGAACACCGGCCUCCACCGUCACUUCCAGUCCUCACCCCAUAGGUACCAUGCUGCCUCCGUUCCAAAGAUGAGGAUGGGGGGACGGAAGGUCAGCUUGGAGUGUUAGUGCAUUUAUUCGUUCAUGUGCACAUAGUUAUUUAACUUCUGCUUUGUGCCAGGCACUGGGAGUGUGUGGGUGACCAAGCAGAUGAGGUCCUUGAGGAGCUUACGUGUCACUGAGGGAGAAAACUGAGUGGGCAGGUCCGCGGGACGUGCAGCCUGGGGUGAGUGUCGCAAGGAGAGGAGAGGGGAGGAGAGGGCCGGGUCACUGAGCCUCGCAGAGGCCGAGGAGGGGAACGAAGGCCUGAGUAGAGGGAGAAGGCGGCGGUGUGUCCCAGUACAGAGAGGCGGGUGUGUCAGGAAUGCGAGUGGGAGGAGCAGGGCUGAGGUGUGGAGCGGCCGCUGGCCGUGCUGGGCAAGGGCUGCGAUGUGACCCCGUGUGGAGGGAGCUCCUGGCAGUCUCCUGAGUCAGGAAGCCAGUCUUUUUGAUCUGAUUCUCAGAAGGUAACCCCAGGCUGCCGUGGGCCACAGAGAAGCAUGUGUAACCGUCUGCCUCUGAGUCAGUCUUUUCUCCUAGACUCCAGUUCUGUGGGUGGAGACUAGAUUUCCUGGUCUGUUACUUUCUGGCAACUGAACACCAUGUCAGGAACAGAGCAGGUGCUGGGUAAACGUCUGAUAAAUGAGUGCACGUGUAUGAGGCCGUGUGAUCCCUGCUGUUCGGGCCUGGGGGGUGAGGAAGGGGAUGGAGCCCUCCCCCUCACGACCCCAUCCAGGGCCAGCAGGUGGCGUCAUUGAGACAGGGACGUGGAAACAGACCCCUGUCUCAUGGGGUCUUAUGGUGACCCAGCAGACUGUGCCCAGUGGGCACCAGUGUACGUCCAUGAGAGGGAUGGUCAUCCUAACAGGAGAGAAGCCCACACAGAAGGAGUCUGGGGUGUGCGUGCAUGUAUGCAUGUGUGUGGACGCAGGCUUUCAGGACUGAAGCCUGGGGAGUGAGGAGUAGGGGCUGCCCUGGCGUGGCCUUGCCCAGGCCUCCUUCACAUUGUGUGCGCUUAGUCUGCCACUGCUCCCUCUCCCUGGCUGUGGGGCUCAGUGGACAGCAGGCAGGGUGGUGAGGGGCUGGAGAUAGGGUAGGCGCUCCUGGUAAGCAGGGGUAGUGACAGCAGGGAGCUCCUGACAACUGGCAGGGCUGUGCCUGGUGCAGGGAGCUGUGGGGCCACCAGUGUCACCUGUGCCACUCCUGCCCAGAGGAGGAAUGUGAGGGAGAGCAGUAAUGUGUGUGAUUCCACCUCAGGGGAGGUGUACCCAGGGGCCACUGUGUGUGACCCCUUCUUACAUUAUCUGUUAUGGCAGCUCCAAGAAUGACAACGAGAAGCUUUCCCCAAAGAGUUUGACCUCUGUAAGCUGUUCUUAAGAACUUAACCCUAGAGCCAGGCUGAUCUGGGGCCAAAGUGGCUGCUCACAAGUCGUGUGAUCUUGAGCAAAUGCCUUACCCUCGUGGAACCUUUGUAAGCCCAUUUGUGAAACGGGCAUCAAGUGGCGCUGACUGCAGGUCACUGUUGGGAGGGAGAAGCUGCUGUGUGUGUCUGUAUGAAGCAGCAGCUCGCGCCGCCCCUGCAGUGAGCACCCAGAGACUGUUCCUAGUGAGGUGUGUAGACGCUUCCCCCGGCUCUUGUUUUUAGAGGAAAGAAAGCUCUACCCUAACAUCCCUGGGGGCCGGCGAGGAGGAGGCAUGCAGGCUCUCACUGUGGCCAGAACCUCCAGCACAGAGACGGCGCCUGCGGACUUCCACCCUCGCGCUCGUGUCGGGAACAGGGAAAUAACUUUGUGGCCCAUUAGGGUGAGAAAGAGGCCCCAGGGAAGGGUCUCGAAAGGAAGAACAGAACAAAUGGAGGGCUAAGCCGCUCUGAAUAAGAAGCUGUGCAGAAUUCGGUUUUUGUUUACUUCCUGAGAGAGGACGGCGGGUGGGAAGGGGGCCAGGUGCCUUCGCGGAAGGCUGGAGCCUGUUUGGUGGAGACGGCUAAGGGUCUUUCUAAGCUCAUGGAUGUCUAAUAUUCAAUUUAAGUUUUUGUAAUUUUGCUAUGUAAAACCCCCUCUUUCUCUCCUGACCUUCAGUAAAGUCUGCCACACACAGA